GUCUGCCCGUCAAAUUUUGAAAACACAAGUUUAGAUUUGCUUGUAAGAACUAAGAAGAAUCGCAUUCACACAGUGACGCUCUCUCUCACUCACUUGCAAAAAAACAUUCCCUUUUCUCUUAAGAUAACAUAAAGUUCUCUUACUCACCUUUUUCCUUCGUCUGUCGAAUCAUAUUCUUGGCUGCUAAGUUUUGCUUUUGAAUUUUCAACGACUCUGUUCACUCACAUAUCUCUCUUAGUGUCUACUGGAUUCGGAAUGAGAUCGAUGAGAUCUGGGAGAGACAACAACAUCUGCUUCCUGGGUUUUCUCUCCUUUGCCCUUAUCUCCCUUCCCUCCUUGUCACUUGCUCUUACCAAUCCUGACGAUGUUGCGGCUAUUAACAGUCUCUUCCUUGCACUGGAGUCUCCUCUUCUCCCCGGUUGGGUUGCAUCUGGAGGUGACCCAUGUGGUGAGAGCUGGCAAGGUGUUCUAUGUAAUGCUUCCCAAGUAGAAACAAUAAUUCUCAUCAGUGCCAAUCUUGGAGGAGAGCUUGGUGUUGGCUUAAACAUGUUUACCUCUCUUAAAGCAAUGGAUUUUAGCAACAAUCACAUUGGAGGAAGUAUCCCAUCCACGUUGCCUGUUUCAUUGCAGAACUUGUUUCUUUCAGGUAACAACUUUACAGGAACCAUCCCAGAAUCUCUUUCCUCCUUAAAAUCUUUGUCUGUCAUGUCCUUGAACAAUAACCUUUUGUCUGGCAAGAUACCCGAUGUCUUUCAAGACCUUGGCCUUAUGAUCAAUAUAGAUUUGUCUAGCAACAAUCUGAGUGGACCAUUACCUCCUUCCAUGCAGAAUCUUUCGACUCUUACAUCCUUGCUUUUGCAGAACAAUCAUCUUUCAGGAGAGCUUGAUGUUCUUCAAGAUCUUCCCCUCAAGGACUUGAACGUUGAGAACAACCUCUUCAAUGGACCUAUACCAGAAAAGUUGUUGAGUAUACCAAAUUUCAUAAAAGGCGGUAAUCUGUUUAACGUCACUAUUGCUCCAUCGCCUUCACCUGAAACACCUCCAAGUCCAACAUCACCUAAGCGGCCAUUUUUUGGACCACCAUCUCCCAAUGCAUCAGCUGGUCAUGGUCAGGCACACGUGAGAUCACCCCCUUCUGAUCAUCACCCAUCCCGACCAACUCCUCAAGGGAAAGAAGACUCAUUUACCAGUAAAAGAAUUAUUUGGAUAUCCAUUCUUGGGGCUUUUUCAUUUGUGGUUUUGGCCUUGGUAUGUCUACUUUGUGGGAGAAAAUGUCUCAGAAAAAGAGAAGACAGUGAACAACUAUCCAAACCGCACCUAACUAGUGAAUACGGGAGGGCAAGGGAGGGUUCUCGCUCAAAUGCUUCUAUGCUUCCUCCAUCCAAUACAUUCAAUAAAGACAAGGAGGCUAGACCAAAAGAGAGAGUAGGAGGUGCUUCGAAGCUGCAUGGUGGGGCAGAAAGAAGCGUAGGAAGUGAAUCAAAGCAGGAGAGUCAUGAGAUAGACAUGAAUGGCAAUGCUAUGGAUUUGAUGCAUCCCUCAUCAAUUCCACCUAUCAAAAGGGUCAUCGCAAAGGCGACUGAACCUGCUGAAGCAUCUCUAAAAAGGACAACCAGUAAAUCCCAUGGUCCCUUGACAGCUGUGAAGCAUUUCACGGUCGCAUCUCUACAACAACACACAAAUAGCUUUUCCCACGAAAACCUUAUUGGAACAGGCAUGCUUGGGAGUGUCUACAGGGCAGAGCUUCCAGGUGGAAAGCUCUUCGCUGUGAGGAAGUUGGAUAAGAAGUCUCCCAAUCAUGAAGAAGAAGGCAAAUUUUUGGAGCUAGUGAAUAAUAUAGAUAGAAUACGGCAUGCCAAUAUUGUCCAACUCGUGGGUUUCUGUUCUGAGCACAGUCAAAGGCUUCUGAUCCAUGAGUAUUGUAGGAACGGUACACUGCACGAUUUGCUGCAUAUUGAUGACAGGUUGAAGAUUGAACUAUCAUGGAAUGUCCGUGUUAGGAUUGCACUAGAAGCUGCAAAAGCUCUGGAGUAUCUGCAUGAGAUCUGUGAUCCACCUAGUAUCCACCGAAAUUUCAAGUCUGCAAAUAUUCUCCUUGAUGACGAUAUAAGGGUGCAUGUCUCAGACUGCGGCUUGGCUCCUCUAAUCUCCUCAGGUGCCGUAAGUCAGGUAAGCAAGACUCCUGAGAAAUCUGAUUUGCUUGUCUCAUAGCAUUUGUAUAUGUUCCACUCCAAGCUAGUUUGUGCUUGUUUUAGUUAUCGGGUCAACUCUUAGCGGCCUACGGAUAUGGAGCUCCAGAGUUUGAAUAUGGGAUCUAUACAAUGAAAUGUGAUGUCUACAGUUUUGGAGUAGUUAUGUUAGAACUCUUGACAGGUCGCAAGUCAUAUGACAAGAAACGGGAUAGAGGAGAGCAAUUUCUGGUGAGAUGGGCAAUCCCACAGCUUCACGACAUUGAUGCAUUAGCGAAGAUGGUCGACCCAUCCCUCAAGGGUGACUAUCCAGCCAAGUCGCUGUCACACUUUGCUGAUGUGAUAUCACGUUGUGUUCAGUCGGAACCAGAGUACAGGCCACUAAUGUCAGAAGUGGUUCAAGACCUCUCAGACAUGAUCCAGAGAGAACAUCGGAGAAAUGACUCAAAUGGGGAUAAUCAGUAUACGGGAAGAAGAUAGUUUAAGGAGAUUGUCUCUUAUACAAAACAAGUGGUAUUAUUAGUAUUCUUUAGAAAGUCGAAACCAUUGUUCUUUAACGAGCCUUGCUUGUAUUAUUAUAUAUGUAGAGUGUGUGAGUGUGACACAGGCACACAGCUUACUCUGCUUUGGCCUUUUAGUCUAUCCACAACACCCCCAAUGUAUUUCCACCGGAUUAGGAUUAGCAAUCUCUGAGUUUUUCCAAAAAUCCAUAGUACUGCUACUUCAAAUUUUGAAUCUUUUUUCUUUCUAAAUAGUAUUUUAUCAUAUUCUUCAUAAUAUGAUUCAUCUCUUUAGUUUUGUCAACCAAUAAUGUUUUGUUUCUCGUUUCAGUGUGAU